AUGCAGAACUCUACGCGCGCGAGCAUGGGCCUUGCGGACGGGGUGUACGUACCGCUCGGAGGCGGAGAGAAGCUGCAGGGGGAAGGAAUUUAUGCAGGGAGCAUCGCACGCGGCCAGAAGAAAAUCUCGAAACAGAACCCGAUUCCCGUUCACUGGAUAGGAGAGAAGCAGAACAACGUGGAGGCUGUGGUUCUUUUCUCGAGUCUCACGACCCCGCAACGCCCUGCGUUCGCAUCGCGGAGAGUAUUUCAGCUGCUUCUCUGCAAACAAGUUGAUUUCUUCAUAGUCGAUUUAAAUGCCGACAUCGGCUCCGAUGCGCCCGACAGCCGCUUCGUCGCCGCCUGGAGGCGUCGUGGGCUGCUGCCUCUGCGCCCAGACGUUUCGCCGCCUGCACCUGCUGUGCCCCAAGUCUUCGUUGACGGAGUCCCUUUGGGAGACGAUUCUGCGCUGCAAGAUCUCGAGGAUCUCGGCGAACUGAACGGCAUUCUCGUGGGCACCCUCUGCCCACGCUGCCUCGCUCCGCGCCCUCCACUCUCGUCAGCGCCCGUUUCAGCUUCUCCGCCGUUUUCUGCAUCGCGGCCUGUCGCUGAUUCUUCUUCCGCCGCCCCUGCCUCGCUGCCGUCGCCCGGCGCCGCAUCACCUGCCUCUUCACGACGCGCUUCAUCUUCUUCCUCUCCGCUUCCUAGCGAGCGGCCGCCGUGCGCGGCGUGCGGCGCAGUUUAUGUACAGCUGAUGACCGACGAAAUGCUGAACACGCCUCUGGACUUCUUUGAGGGCUCCGUGUUCGAGGAGGGCUUUCCGCCGCAAGCUCUGCCGCUUGCUGCCGCUGCGAUGCACGCGCCAGAACGGAUCUCGCGACCUUUUCCGCACGGCCUUACAGCUGAAGCCUUGGCGGCGCUUGACUCAACAAGCGCGAGCCAAUAUUGGCAUGUCCUCCCCUUUCAUCAGCAGCGAAGCAGCCGCGACGGCAGCAGCAGGAGCCUCUCUCCGCCGUCCUCUCCCUCAUCUGCUUCUCUCUCUUCUCGAGGCGACCCGCCCGCGGUCUUGCCUUCUGCCUCGAACUGCCUUGCAGACUGGGCGCCUUCGUCGCUACGCCCGCCUGCGUCUUCACAGUGCAGUCUCGCCGUGCUGCCGGAGGAAACCGCGCAGGCGUGUGAAGAGGCAGAGGCCGCAGAAGGCCGCUCUCGGCGAGUGGCGCCGCCGCGGGGCCGUGGGAGGCGACACACUGCGUGCGCGGCUGAGUGGAAUGCCUGGAAGAACAAGCCGCGCAGUCGAGAGUCGAAGGCCAAAGUGCCGCGGAACUUGGCCGUCGCGAACGUCUGCUCGCCCUUCCUCCGCUUCGCCUGCGACCCCAAGAGCGUCACAACGACGGCGAGGAACCUUGAAAGGCUUUCAACUUCCGAGAACGGCAACGCAGACGCGGACGGUGCUUCCACCGCGCUGGAGGGGAAAAACGAGAAAGGCCCUGGCAUAGAGGGAGAGAAGAGCAAACACACCACCGAGGCGCUUCGAGAUGGAGGGCGCGAUGCCGCGGCAGCCGCUAGGAGACACAGCGCUGGGAAGCGCCACCGGCGAAGAGAGGAGGCGGACGACGGUGGAGAAGAGAGCGCAGAGAUGUAUACAGAGGAGGCCGAAGAGAUCCCUGAGAACGAAGGCGAGGGAAGAGAAGAGCCUGUGAUUGGCGCCGCUUCGCGCAAGUCGCCGCGUUCGUCAGUCUCUUCACCCUGGACCCUAGCUGGCAGCGAGACUAGCCGCGCAACUCAAAAUGGAUUCAGCCCGGUUGAGCGUCUUUUUCACUCCUCGCUGGGAGACAAGGCAGAAAAAGGCGGUCUCGUCUCCCCGUCUGUGUCGCUGUGUUCAGAUCUCUCUCUCUCCGCUGUGCCCUCGCCCUCCGCUGAGGGUGACGAGGCAGAAGAGACUGCUGAGUCUUUUCGAAUUUCUGCAUGUGGCGUGCCGCCCGUUUCUAGGUCUUCAAUGAAGCGAGCGUUUCCCCGCUGGCGAUCUUUCGCUCCCUCGGACUGCGCUUCCUUUUCGUCUGGGUUUUCAACGACAGCCUUCGCGCCGGUUUCAACGCGUGGGUCUCUGCCGCGCCCCUCCGCAGACUGCUCGCCCGCCUUUUCGUCCUUCCGUUCUUCAGAUCGGUGGAGUUCUUCGCGGGUUCUCGCCUCUAAGGCGUGCAGUCUGGUGUCGCGGGCGUCCGCGUCGUCUUUCUCGCUCCUGGCUUGCGAUUGUCGCGCGAACUCGAACUCGAGGAGAGCGCCGUGCGGCUCCUCCUCAGGCUUUCGUGAGGCCUCGCGGAUCUGCGAGGGGGCGAUCUUGCCGCCAGGCUUAUGCGCGUCUCCCAAGCCUUCUACGCGCCUCGCCGCGGCUCCUUACGCCCCUUCGCGCCCGCCCUCCGUCGCAGACCCUCCGGAUGCUUCCCCUGCAUGCCGAAAGGGAUCCACGGGCUUCAGCCGGCUAGUAAAGGCGACCUAG